AGCCACACAAGAGUUUGAUUAGACCAGUCUUCCUCAAGUUAGGUUUUUUCCGUGAGUUGAUAGCGCCUAAUGAGUCCCGAUAUUUCAAAAGAAUCAGGAAUGUUAGCAGCACUUGUAGAAAUCAGCCAGGAUAAUCCAUUUUCCUUCAGUGGAAUCCAUUUUUCCUAUACAAUAUACGCACUCGUACAGUAUAGAUUGUCAUAUAGAUAUUAGCUUUGCUCUCACCAGUUAAUGAAUUUAAAUUUUGGAAAUUGCGCUUUAUCGUAGCAUGCCUGCUUUGCGUCUGCCGUACUCUUACGUUAUGUUACGGUAAAUUUAAUAUUUGCUCGAUGUGGCUUUGUGCAUUUGGAUGAGCGAAUUGGGGAUCUGAUGGAAUAAAACUGUAAUUUAUCAAAUUAUAAAGAGCACAUGGAUUGUGCUGUUCAUUAGCUUCGCGAUCUUACUAUGACAGUCAUUGCCAACGGUGCGGCGAUUGCCUGGUGGUGCCUUUAAAACAAAGAUGCUGCACUUUCUAGGGAUAGGCAAAUACUCCCUGCAGCGCGGUCUGCAGGCUUUCGCCGUCGCCCUGCAUUUGUCCAUCAUCUUCAUCUUCAGCCCGUUAGUUACCGUGUUUUUUCUCAUCCUUCCGGUCCUUUUCUUUUUCUUCCCCAGUUGGUGGUAUGUGAUCCCGUUACUCUACGCAGCAUGGUACGUGUAUGACUGGGACCAGACUUCCCGCGGAGGUCGUCGCUGGCCGGCCUUUCAGCGUUCCGUCUUCUGGCAUUUGGUGCGUGACUACUUCCCCAUCCGUUUGAUCAAGACGGCGGAACUGGAUCCGCGCGGCAAAUACCUGCUGGCCGGGCACCCGCAUGGACCAACCAUGGCCUUCGGAUUCAUGACGGCAUUGUCCACGGAAGCAUUGGGAUUCCGGCAGAUGUUUCCCGGGAUCGAGGUGCGGCCACUGGGACAGAAGAUUAUGAUGCAAGUGCCGUUACUGCGCGAGUACACGAUGGCGUUCGGGGUGUGUGAUGUCAGUCGGCCGAGUAUCGACUACUGGAUGUCAAAAGGGCCAGGGACGGCAGUGGCCAUUGUUAUUGGCGGAGCACGGGAGAUCUUUGAGAUUGAUUGCCAUAAUGUCAAGUUGGUGCUGCGCACUCGCAAAGGUUUCGUCAAGGCUGCAAUCCAGCACGGAGCGCAACUCGUUCCCGUGUUCGCCUUCGGUGAAAACGAUACGUACGAUCUGGCUUUCCAUCGUGAUUCCCUCGUCUACCGCUUCCAACGUUUUGUCCAGAAGAAAAUCCUAGGAUUCUGCCCGGCACUGGUUAAAGGCCGGGGAUUUUUCGGCAGUAUCGGUAUGCUGCCUAAACGCAUUCCCAUCACCGUGGUCGUAGGAGCACCGAUACCCGUCGAUGAGAAUCCUAACCCAUCCCACGCAGAGAUAGAUGCGCUCCACCAGCGCUACUUACAGGAGCUGCACAAUCUUUUUGACGCAUACAAAGCACAGUGUGGAUAUCGGGACGCUCAGUUAUCCUACAUCGACUAACAACAUGAUUAACAUCAUCGUAAUGUUCAUAUGAUAUUGCGACCAAAACAGUCUGGAGUUUUAUGCAGUUCCUAGCCGCACCUUGGUGACGCCUCUAAAUGCUGUAUUUUUUUAGCCUCUGUAAAUAUAUGGAAGUAAAUCGCAGGUA